AUGCCGCAACUUAAUCCAGACCCCUGAUUUAUUAUUUUAAUUUUUACAUGAACUGUUUUUUUAACUAUUCUUCCAAACAAGGUCAUUAUACACAAAACUCCUAAUGAACCCCUCACCAAAGACCCUUCAAGCCUUCUAACAGAAAUCUGAUCCUGACCAUGACAUUAA